CAUUUGCCAGUCUUAUACAUCUGAUAGUUGUUCUUUUUUUCUCUACUAAAAAUGCAGUCAAUUUGUACGAAAUAUUCAUUCGUAUUGUCACUAGUUGUUUUAGUUUCUUCAAUAAACAUCGCCCAUGGCGUUGAAAUGAAGGAAUUUCAGCACACAUUAAAAAUUGUGCAUGAUACGUGUAGAACAGUAACGAAGGUUCCCGAGGAAACCAUUCAACAAGUACGAGGUGAUGAUUAUGCUGACGAUGCAGCUAUGAAAUGCUAUGUUCAUUGCACAAUGGAAAUGUUACAUCUGAUGGAAGGAUCUGUGGCUCAAUUCCAUGUAGCUGGAAAACAUACCGACUAUAUGAUUCCACAAGAACUUUUUGAAACUACAAUCAAAGCGUUUGGACAUUGCGAAGGCCUAACAAAUGGAAUGACUGAUAAUUGUGAAGCUGCCUAUGCCAUGUUGAAAUGUUUCCGAGAAGGAAACAAGGACUUUUGGCUUCCAUAAGUUGAAAUUUUUUGACGACCCAAGCUGAAUUUUAUUAGUUUUUACAUUUUAUUUCUUAUAUGAUGAAUUUCAAAUAAAUUGCACUGCAAAAAAAUCA